GUUCAAAAUAGGACUAAAUAAAGUGCCUUCUACUUUAUUCUCUGAGUGUUCCUCACGUCUCAUUUCGAGACUAGUCUUAUCUUGAACGGAUCUUUGCUUCCCUCGCUCCCUCUCCGAGUCCACUUCGGACUUUACCCUUGCCUUCCCUGAGCUCACUUCGAGCUCACUUUCUCUUUUGCCGUUGAGUCCCCUUUGGACUCUAACAUCGGGUCACCAAGCGCAUCACCCGCUCGAUGAGCACCCGGGCUGCCAAGCGCCAGCGUCUCCAUGAGCAGCUGGUCUCCUUGGGAAUCGAAGAAACCUUUUCUGUCCUCCUGGCCGUCCUCUCGGUCCCCGAGCUGAUCGAGAUGCUCACUGUCUGCAGUCUCGUGAAGCUCAAGGCAACUUCCAGCGACGUGAGGACGCUGUUCUCGACCAAGACUGUGGGGAUUCGUAUCUGGGCCGAGUGGUUCGACAAGCAGUACGACACCAGGCUCCUCCCCGAAGACUGUGUCCAAAUGGUCAAGUAUUUCCCGGCUGGACCGUUCCCUUCGACGUCAAGUGGUUCAAGACCAUACCGAGAUCCGUGGUUUCAGCCGAGUUCGUCAGAGUCGUCACUCGUUUCCGCCAAGAGAACCCCGAAUUUCAGAUCUUGCAGCGACUCAUCGAGGCUGAGCACAUCCCCACUGCGAUGUGGUUUGUCAAGCGCAUGAUCUGGAAUGGCGAAAUCCUCAGCAAAUGCCUUUCCGUCUUGAACAACAUAUC